AAAAGUAAUAACUCCCUUUGUUUAUCUUGUCUACUUUCCUCACACCUAGCGCCUGUUAUAAAUGUUUCGGCUGUGUUAACACUAAGUCUUACACUUGCUAUGGUUAGUAUUAUUUUAAGUCUAUCUGGGAUAGACUCUCUAAUACCCGCCAUAUUAGGAGAUUUAAAGUUUUAUUUAUUUAUUAAAAUCUGUUAA